UCAGGGUAACGUACCUUAACGUUGCCCACCAAUUAGACCCAAAGAUCUGCGCUCACCCCCUCCUCCAAACCUCCUAUAUUUUCUCUCUCGUAACCUUAAUCGCUUUAAAACCCCCCAUAAUAUCCACCAUUUACAUUUCCAAUCCCUCUAUGCUGCCCAAAUAUUUACAGUUAGCCCCCUCCUCCCAGUCUCAAUGCCAAAGCAACCGGUACUAGGUCGACAACGCCGCACCAACCCCUUCAUCUGGUGCUUCGCCGUUAUCUGCUCACUCAUCGCCACCUCCGUAAUCAUCGCCGGAAUAGUUGUAUUUUCAGGAUACCUUGUGAUCCGACCAAAAAUGCCGCUCCUCUCCGUCCGUGCAUCUCGUCUGGAUCAUCUUUACUAUGAUCGAACAGGUGUUAUGGCUGUACGAUUAACGAUCCUGAUCCGUGCAGAGAACCAUAACCAGAAAGCACAUGCGACCUUCUAUGACACCAGAUUGUUACUCGGUUACCACGGGCAGAACAUCGCACGACUGGUGGCGAAUCCGUUCGACGUUGGGAAGAAUGCGACGAGGGAGUUGAAUUAUGUGGUGGAGUCGUCGCCGAUUCCGCUGCCGCCGGAGGAACAGUAUUUGACACAGCAAUCGUUGAGUAAAAGUAAGUUGAUGUUGUUCUUCUUGAAAGGGAGUUCGAGGACGAUGUGGAGAGUUGGCCCGUUGGGAUCUGUCAAGUUCUGGCUGCAUAUGGAUUGUGAGCUCCUGUUGCCCGUCAAUGGCAGCGUGGUAAACUCCCAUUGUAGCACAAAAUCACAUUGAUAUAAAGGUUUUUUUUUUUUUUUUUUUUUUCUCUCCGAAAUCAUGAAGAAAGAGUCCUACUUUAAUGUGUAGAUUUAGAGCCUCAAUCAUUUCAUUCGUUAAUAUUUAAAUAUGUUUAUCAUAAUAUUUUAAAUAUCAAAAUCAAUGACACAGUAUAGUUUGAUGUGUA